AGCUGCUGCAUGAACGCCAUGAACGGCAACCAGAACAGAAUGUGUUCGUGUGAAUAAGAUUUUUUUGGAGUUGUGCUUUUACUCUGCUUUCAAUUUAUUUACAUAAAGGUGCAUACAUUUAUACAAAUUAAACAACUCGUCUAAGGCUGGGAUCUGAUAAAAUGACAUCAGCCUUCAGCAGUAAUGACCAGAGUGCCAUCGAGAGGAUGGUGGAUGAAACACCCAAAGAAGUCACGCCAAUGGACCAAGUAAUGGGCGUUUACGAUCUUCAUCGAUGCGUCAGGUGGAUUGUGGAGCUCGGGCUAAGAAGAAUUUGCCUCCAGUUUCCCAAUCACCUCUUGCCGGAUUCUGUCCAAGUUUGUCAGAUUCUUAAAAGAGAAACCAAGCAGGAAAUUUACAUUUUAGGCGACACAAAUUAUGGAAGCUGUUGCAUUGACUUCAUCGCUGCCGAGCACGUGCCAUCAGAUGGAAUAAUUCACUUUGACGACUCCUGCCUGUCAAAUGCUGCGAAUCCAAAAAUUCCAGUUCUUUUCGUUUUCCCUAAGACAAGGUUGUGCGAUAAUGGAGCAAAAUUAAAGUCAAACUUGGAGCAUGCAAUCGAUACAUUAGGGAAGAGCGUGCUAAUUUUCAAUUGUCAUUGCCUACAUGAACUAGAUGACAUGAAAGAUUUAAAAGAAAAGACAGUUGUUAGUCAGCUUCUUACUGGCGAAAGGGAAAGUUUUUCCCAAGUAUUGUGUGAAGGCACUUGCAGCCAAGAUUGUAACAAAAACAGCUCGAAUAAGUCGAGACACAAGUUCGAGAGUUUUGGCCGAGGAUUUUGUCUUCCAGAUGAAACAAAUUUAGCUGAUGUUACAUUAAUUUAUGUUGGAACUGAAGAUUCAUUUUUGCAAAACCUCGUGGCAUCCUGGAGUCAUAAAUUUAAAAGCAUUUACUGUCUGAACCCUGAAGGCGAAAGAUUUGACCCUCUGUUCAAUUACUCUCGCUUUUUGCGGCAACAACUCCGUCUGUCGCUUGAAGUGAAAGAAGCAAGAUCAGCAGCCUUGGUUGUGGCAAACCCCGCUGAUCCUUCUAUUCAAAAAGCUAUCAGGCACGCCAGGGAACUGCUCAAGAGCAGACCUAGCCCUCCAAAAGUCUACACUCUGGCAGUGGGAAAGCCCAAUCCAGCCAAGCUGGCCAAUUUCAUGGAAAUCGACGUUUUCAUUGUGCUUGCGUGUCCGAACAACCCCCUGAUUUCUCCAGGCAGCAGGCACGCAGAAAGCAAGGAAUUCUACAAACCCAUCGUCAGUCUGACCGAAGUUGAAUUAGCCUUGAACAAAGCCAGAAGCAACGCCUCCACUGACUACAAGGAUCUGCUAGAAGGUGGCUUUGAUUACGUGCCUUUCGAAGGGCAUGACUACUCAGAGGCUGACACUUCCUUGCUGACUGGAAAGAUUAUUGACCUGAGUAUUGACAGCAAGAUUGAGAUUCCGAACGCGUUGGUUUCCAAUGAAGACAACCUGAGGGUAGCCAACCUAUCUGUGGGCUCUUUGCUGGCCAGUAGGACGUGGCAGGGACUGGACCCUGAGCUUGGACAGACCAGUCCCAGCACCUUGACUGAAGGGAGGUCUGGAAUUGCCUAUGCCUAUCAGGCAGAGCCAAAUAAAUGAAUAAAAAUUA